GUUAUUACUACUAGCUAAACGUUAUUGAGAACAAGUUCUCUACAUUAAUGGAGUCCAUAAGAUGGAGAAAACCGAGUCUGAAACCGAUUCAAACUAAGCCAAAAUUAGCCAUGGAAGCAGCUGAAGAAGAGCUAUUGAGUCCAUCAGCAAGGUUAUUUCACGAGCCCAACUUCAAUGUUCAUGUUAUAGCUAUAAUGGGCAGCAAAUCAAGAAUCAAUCCUCAAGUUAUUAAAGAGAAAUUGGUCCAUACUUUGCUUAAGCAUCCUCGUUUCUCCAGCCUGCAGGUGGUGGAUGAGAAAAAAAAUGGAGAGAUGAAAUGGGUCCGGACAAUGGUGGAUUUAGAUAAGCACAUUGUGGUACCACAAGUAGAUGAACAGAACCUGCAGGGAUCACCAGACAAAUUCGUGGAGAAUUAUAUUCAGAACCUUAGCAAAACCACACUUGACAAGUCGAAACCUCUCUGGGAUCUCCAUCUUCUCAACGUCAAAACAUCAGAUGCUGAGGCUGUUGCCGUAUUUCGAAUCCAUCAUUCACUCGGAGAUGGCACCUCUCUUAUUUCCCUUUUGCUCGCUUGUACUCGCCAAACUGCUCAUCCAGAUAAAAUUCCAACUAUUCCUGGAAAUAAGAAAAUGCCUAUCAAUUCUUCAGAGUAUACGACUAAAGGAUUAUGGCAAUAUUUUGCUAAAGUUUGGUCAUUUAUGAGAUUGUUUUGGAACACAAUAGUGGAUGUGUUGAUGUUUAUGGCCACGACUAUGUUUUUGAAGGACACAAGUACGCCAAUUAAGGGUAAGCCCGGUUCUGAGUUUAAUCCUAGGCGAUUUGUGUACAGGACAGUAAGUCUUGACGAUUUGAAGUUGGUGAAAAAUGCAUUGAAUAUGACAAUAAAUGAUGUCGCUCUGGGAGUGACACAAGCUGGUUUAUCUGUAUAUCUUAAUAGGAGAUUUGGUGAGGGCAGGAAAAACAAGGGAGUAACAGAGAAAAACAAUAAUCUUCCUAAGAACAUAAGACUCAGAUCAACUCUUCUUGUAAACUUAAGACCGUCAACUGGAAUUCAGGCCUUAGCUGAUAUGAUGGAGAAGGACACCGAGGCAAAGUGGGGGAAUUGGAUUGGCUUUGUUCUUCUACCCUUUAAAAUUGCAUUACGAGAUGACCCCUUAGAUUAUAUCAGAGAAGCUAAGGCAACCAUUGAUCGUAAGAAAAACUCUCUUGAAGCUAUCUACACAUUUUCCAUUUCAGAAUUAGCACUCAGAUUUUUUGGGAUAAAGACAUCAAGCUCAAUAUCGCACAGAAUUAUCACCAAUACAACAAUGUGUUUCUCCAAUUUGGUCGGUCCCCAAGAAGAAAUU